AAUAAUGGCUGUCCCGUCGCCCCUGGGAAAAAAUAAAGCUCCGUCAUACCAGCCCUUCGCAUAGCUGGAGCCAAACUAGGGCGAUUAAUCCUGAAUUAAGCAUAAAUCUGUUCAUAAUACAUACUAUACUGACUCUCACACAAACAAACACAAACACCCCCAUAUGCGCGGACUAAGUUGGCAACAGCUCGGCGGAGCUGUCCUGCUCCUGCUUCAGGGGCAGGUGGCCCUGUCGGCUCUCACCGUGCAGGUGAAUAGUAAGGAUUCGUUGGCCAAUGCGGGGAAGCAGAUCGCCGAUCCUAUGAUGGACUUCUAUGACAAAAAUCAGACGGAAGGCAUUCCCGGCAAGCUCACCGACACCUGGUACGUCGCUGGCGCCAUGUUCAUGACCUUGAUUCAGUACUGGGCCACCUCGGGUGUCGACCAAUACAACAAGGUCGUGUCACAUGAUAUGAUGUUCCAGGCGGGGGAGAAUUACGAUUACUUCUCCGCCAACUAUAGUCAAUGGCUGGGAAACGAUGACCAGAUGUUCUGGGGUCUUGCCAGUAUCACCGCGUCGGAGACCGGGUUCCCUGAAAUCUCGGGGAAACCCACCUGGACGUCUCUGGCUCGGACUGUGUUCAAUAUGCAGAUCGAGCGGUGGGAUGAGACCGCUUGCAAUGGUGGGUUGCGCUGGCAAAUCUGGCCCUACCAGGCGGGUUACACCAUGAAAAACUCCAUCUCGAAUGGCGGUCUGUUCGAGUUGUCCGCUCGUCUCGCCCGCUUCACCAAGAAUGACACUUACGCCGAGUGGGCCGAGAAGAUCUGGGACUGGUCGGCGAGCUCACCUCUCAUCCGCACCGAGAAGUGGUACGUGGCUGACUCGACGUCAAAUGAAAACAACUGCAAAGACUCCGGCAACAACCAAUGGACGUACAACUACGGAACCUUUAUGUCAGGUGCCGCGUUCAUGUAUAACUAUACCAAUGGCGACGAGAAGUGGUUGAAGCGCGUCAAUGGCUUGUUAGAAAGCACCUUUGCCACGUUCUUCCCGUCCAACUUCGGCGGUAACGUGCUGUCGGAGGUGGCCUGUGAGCCGAUCAUGAGCUGCGAUCGCAACCAAUUAGGUUUUAAGGGAUAUACGGCUAUGUGGCUGGCCCAUACCGCCAUUUUGGUUCCCUCGACCGCGGACCGAAUCCUCCCCAAACUGCAAGGCUCUGCAGAAGCAAUUGCAAAGCAGUGCUCGGGCGGGUCCGACAAUCUCUGUGGUGAAACAUGGGGCAAACCCACUUGGGACGGGAUGUCGGGCCUGGAAGUGCAGAUGGCCGCAUUGGGUGGCAUUACUUCGAACUUGAUGCUCCUGGAGAGCAAGGCGCCGCAGACCAUCGACACAAAUCCCGACGCAGCGGAACACCACAUUGACAAUAACGACAACAGCAGCAAGGACCCGACCAAGUCGAAGCCGAUUGAGACCGCGGAUCGGGCCGGAGCCUGGAUCUUGACGGUCAUGAUCGCUGCCGGUGCGAUAGGCGCCGUAGGGUGGUUGAUCAAGACGCAAUAAGGGAUCGGUUGGCUUUUCUUUUCAUGUACAAAUCGCCGUGCUCAAACGGGUCAGGUGGGACAUAUCUUUUAUUCCGGAAAUAGCUUUCGUGCAUUAUGUUUUACUAUGCUUUCCUUUCUCAUGACACCGAA